AUGGUUCAUCUGGUAGAGAAUCUGGGCGUCAAUGCAACCAGGUACGGACUGCCAGUCAUCAUGAAGCUACAGUCUCACUAUCUCGAUCCAUCUACUUCUUCCUCCCCCUUGAAGGCAGGCAGUCUCGUCCACGGCUACUUCUCAGCCGUCGUCGAGCGAUUCACCCUCGAAGGCACAAGGGUAGGCAGAGAGAUCGUCAACGAGGUCGUCAGGCGCAGGAAGAACGGCCUCUGGCUCUCGAAGGUCCAACUGCCUCCUCUCCCUGCAAUCCGCAUCCUGACCGACCAGCCACUCAACACAAGUGAUACCAACACUGAUCCCGCUGCCCAGUCAAACAAGGCUGCCUAUACCCCUUUUACCUCUACCGUCGAACUGGUUUCCCAGAUUGAAUCCGCAUAUAACCAGUCCUUCCUCUCCCCAGCUUCCAGCCCAGCAAGUUCUCCCAGUACAGCUGCCCAGGGACUCGCAGCUACAUUAUCCUUCCAGCCAGCCCGCCAGCUACCCACAACUCAACUACCGUCAUACGUCAAGGAGCAAAUGCUCUCUCCCUGGUCCAGAGAGGCUUGUCUGGCCUCUAUUGAACAAGAACGGACCCAGUCGUCUUCCAUCAGUGGCUCGAAGAAUGGCUCCGUCCCUGCCCGUAACCUUCUGAACCUCACGUCCGGCGGAAAGAACGGUACCGCUGGCUCCCCUACAGGCACGGACUCGUCUCAUGGCCAGGGCCAUAGAUGGCACCGUCCUGUCUCUGCCUCUGCUGCUGCAGCUACCACCGCAAAUACUACAGCUCCAGGCACCCGUGCUGAAAGCCGCAAGGACCGCCGUCAGAGUCUGACCGAGACGCCUCACCCUCGCUCCCCGACAACCGCUUCAUCAAGCAAGGACUCAACAGUCCGCGUCAACGAGCUCCGUCGUGUCCUCUCGGUCAUGAACAAUUCCAACGUCCGCCACCCAAGCCCGCUAAGGGGUCACUCACGACUAGGCAGCGACGAUGCUUCUAGCGCCGAAAGCAUGGUCACAGAUACAUUCUCCACCUCCGAUGCAGGCUUCAGCAGCGUUGGUCCAGGCGGUCACGCAGACGCAGUCCUCGAAAAGGUCCAACAGUCUCAUUCCCAGCCCCACGCCUUCAUUGACCAGGGCAAAGACAAAUCCAUACCCCCCGUCCCACCACUACCCCAGAACCCCCAAUCCCGCAAAGAGCCUUCAAGAUCCUCGUCAGCACGCCAAUCACGCUCCAACUCUCGUUCCCGCCAACGUUCCAAAAGCAGAACUCCAUCUACUUCUCGCCGCGCUACUUCACCACAAGCAUCAACCCGGUCUCGCAAACAUAGCAGGAGCGCAGCAGACACCCCCGUCGAAGCAUGGGACCCAAGUCUAACCCAGAACCCAAUCUUGCUUCGAUCCGUCAGCCAAAGCCGAAGGGCGGAGGUUGACAAGCUACUUGGCGGUAUUGCAACUCCUACUGCUCCUGACGCGGACACUGUCCCUCCCGUGCCGUCAAAUGAUGGAUUAAAGGGACUCCUUGCGCCCAGCAGAUCUACAUCAGGUAGAAGGGGGAUCGGUCCGCCUCCUUAUUAG